UUCACUGAAGCUGUUUUCGUCGCGCAUGGGCGAAAAAGGGGGCCUAUCUGUGAUCACUGACCGUACGAGAAGUGUCCCCUCCAUGCGCCUACUCCUACGCAUAAAACGUUGCUGCUUCGUCUAUCGGUGUGAAGCCACGUCGGCAGCCGACGUUUUUGCAGCACUGAUGCGAAGUUCGUUCUUUAUAGUUGCGUUCGCUUUGGACGCUCACGCGCUGUAAACAUCUUCUAUCUUCCUUUAGCAUCGAAUAAACAAUAUAGAUAGAAUGACGUUUAUAACGCGUUUAUAACGCGUCCAAACUGAACGGAGCCUAUAUUAUUUGCACUUUGUGUUCUUUGUACUUAUAUCUAACUUACAAUUAUGGCUUUUACACAUAAGAUGUGGAAACUUAUGGCAAAACAUGAAGUCAAUUAACAUACUGCUUUAUUAACCCUCUGCUGACAACGUUCGGGUCGGAUCCAAUCCCAAAUAUACGUUGUUGGAUAUGUUCCGUAACUUCACGUUGUCAGCAGAGAGUUACGAACUGUAAGUUUAUUAACUAUCACAUUGCCUCUUCCCAUAUGGCAAGCGUGUCCGCGUCCUAAAAGCCAUUAUACGCAAAAGCCAUUACUGUGGUUAAAUUCAUUGUGUGCAUAUGAUUGGUGUUGCAAGUAUUUAUUUAGUUACCAAAUUUAUUUAGUUUACCAAAUGUAUAGUAAUUCACCAUUUAGAAAUAUAGUACGAUAUAGCAUUCAUAUAGUUACACUCUUCGUACAAAUUGUUGUGUCAUUAAUUAUUUGUUUGGUUCUUAUUACUAUAUGAGUAGUAAAGAAAACAGUUACAUGUAUAUAUUUGUAGCAAAAUUUCGUUGACGUGAUAUCGACACCCUUGCAAAACUUUCGUCAUGCUGAUUAUACUAAAUCAAAAACCUUUUGACAUGGUAAAAGUACGUGCAAAAAUAAAACGGAGCAUUCCUCAAUAAGAGAAGAAAGCGAUAAGAAAAUGCUAUCAUAACAAAAUUACCGAAUACUUCUGCAAAGAUUACUUCUUUCUACAUGCGCUGAGUUAAAAACUCUUUUGCAUGAUAAAAGUACGUGCGAAAAUGAAGCGGGACAUUCCUCAAUAUGAGAGGAAAACGAUAACGGACAGUUACUAUCAUGACACUAAAUCUUUCUGCAAAGAUUAGUUCUUUCUACAUGGACGGAGUUAAAAACCUUUUGCAUGAUGAAAGUACGUGCGAAAAUGAAGCAGGACAUUCCUCAAUAUGAGAAAAAAACGAUAACGGAUAACGAUAACGAUAACAGUUACUAUCAUGACACUAAAUCUUUCUGCAAAAAUUAUUUCUUUCUACAUGCGCCAAAUUAUAAACCAUUUUGCAUGGUAAAACGACGUGCGAAAAUGAAGCGGAGCAUUCGUCAUUAUGAGACGAAAACGAUAAGAAAAAAUCUAUUUAAAAUUUUCAAUCUAUAAUAUAUCUAUAACAUAUCUAUAAGUAUCUGUACGGAACGAACACAAUCGUCAAAAUGUUACAUUUGAUAAGCAACAUAUUCACGCUAUCGUUGCGCCGCAUUAUUUUUUCAUUUAUCGUCCCUUCACAGAUGCUAUGCAAGUGCUGUGCUACGUUGUUAUUUCAAUUUUCUUACACAUAGAUGGUACGUAAAAGUAAAUGUCAUGUUGCUGAUAUUCGCAUUCUCUCCAAAAGGCUUUUGCUAUUUUUAUGAUGAAUUCUUCUAACAGCUUAUGUACUGAGUGUAUCAGUGUUUUUUCGAAAAGUGUGUUGUACGCAUUAGAGUAAUUCGCGAAUAUUGUUUUGAAUGUAUGUUAUCUAGUACAUAAACUUUCUAUAUAAAUUUUAAUGAAAAUUUGAGAUAUUAUUUUCGUUACGCACUGACAAGGAGAUGACGUCAACUGCAAAAUCGAUUUUUAACGAGAUAUAACGCCCUCGAUAAACGUAAUAUAGAGUAUGAAUAUUCUAAAAGGGUUUAGGUGAAUGGGCCUUCGUUUCCUAAAUAUUGCGAUGCGAAGUAAAAGUCAUGAAGCCAUGCCUCAUAUAAGACACAAUGUGGCAUUUACUUCCAUCGAAGCGGCGUAGCUAAGGGGACUAUGGCUCUUGCGCUGGUACUUUCUGCACCAGCAGCGAGUGUUCGAGUCCGGCUAACGAGGCGACAGCGUUGAAUGUUUUUUUUUUGUGUUUCGUACUGUCGGACAUACAGGGUGUUAGAAAAGUCUGGAAACAGUCGAAUAUCUUGAAAACAAACUAUUUUAAAGAAAACUGUUUCAGAUAAAAGUUGUUUAGUUUGAAGAGAUCUAUAAAAGGGUGUAAUUGGUUUGACCUUGAAUCAUUUGUCUCAUUAUUUUAUGCAAAAAAGCAUUAAGGCAAGGUAAUCGAAAGAUGAAUAUUUUACGAGAUAUUUUGUAUUCUAUGUCCAAGUAUUGGAAAUUUCAAGUGUUAUAAUUCGAUGAAAGUGCGUGCAAAAAUAAAGCGGAGUAUUCCUCAAUAUAAGGCGAAAACGAUAAGGGACAGUUACUAUCUUGACACCGAAUCUUUCUGCAAAAAUUACCUCUUUCUACAUGCGCCGAGUUAAAAACCCUUUUGCAUCGUUAAAGUACGUGCAAAAAUGAAGCGGGACUUUCCUCAAUAUGAGAGGAAAACGAUAAGGGACAGCUACUAUCAUGAGACUGAAUCAUUCUGCAAAUAUUGCUUCUUUCUACAUGUACCGAGUUAUAAAUUCUUUUGCAUGGUAAAAGGACGUGCGAAAAUGAAGCGGAGCAUUCUUCAGUAUGAAAGGAAAACGAUGGUCAGCUACUAACAUGACACCGAAUCAUUCUGCAAAGAUUACUUUUUCCUACAUGCGCUGAAUUAUAAACUCUUUUAUAUGGUGAAAGUACGUACGAGAAUGAAGCGGAGCAAUCCUCAAUAUAAGGUAUCCUACAUAAUCGACUUAUUGUAUUUUUGAUUCUUACACGCGAAGUAAUACGAUUUCAUAUAAUAGCGUAUAUAAUAUCGCGCAUCAAUAACAAUGCACUCUCGAGUGAUCGCGUGCGCAUCGCAGCGUAUCAGUACCCUGUUGACAGUUUUGACUGACAGCAUCGUACUGCAUGUAUGCAAAAGUUUGCUUGGUCUUAUUUCUCAUACAAAUAGUGAAAUGUGAUAACGCGUAAUUACAUAACAACCGUCGUGAAAACGUGAAGAAGAUGGAAAGCAAGAAAUUUACUACACAUAUGAAGACCAUUACGGCCAAACGACUUGUACGAAAAAGAGGUUGGGCAAAGAGGCAGAUGCUAUCGAAGAAAGAGAUAGAAAUAGAUAACAAAAACUCGCAGACUAAUUUGGUGAAUUCAGAAGGCAGUGCCGGAGUAAUGAAUGAACAAGUAAAUACAAUUGUGCAGGAUAUUACACCGCAAGGUACGUAUAAUAAAAAUUUCCUGGAUGCCGCAGAUAACGAAAAUAGUUAUGACGGCAGGGAGGUGGCAAUACAUAGUAAUAAUGUAGAUAAUAGCAUACCUGAAGGUCGACGCAUAGUUUUAUGUUGAAUGAGAUCAUAUGUUCAACACAGAACAUAUGUUUUAUGUUGAAUGAGAUCCAUAGAACAUUUGAUAACCAUGCGCGAGGAAUUGAGUGCCAAUUUAAAGAUUGGAAACUCGUCAAAUCUCAUCAUCAUGGGUUACCGACGCAAUUGUUCUUCAAAUGCGACAUGUGUCAUUACGAAGACAACAUUUGGUCAGAAGCUCUCGAGUCUAAUAAAUGUGAUAUUAACGCAGUAGCUGUUAUUGGAACAGUAACAGCUGGUAUAGGUUAUUAUCAAUUAGAAGGCUGUACUGCGAUGAGUAUUCCUUGCAUGUCAGAAAAAAAAUAUAUUGAAGAAAGAGAAAAAAUAGUGCAUGACUUCGAGAAUACUGCCAUAGAAAAUAUGAAAAUGGCUGCUGAAGCUAAAAAACAACUUGCUCUUGAAAAAAAAAUGAAACUAUAAACGGUAUUCCGUAUAUAACAGUGGUGGCAGAUGGCAGCUGGAUGAAAAGAUCGUAUGGUAUUGCAUACGAUUCACUUUCUGGUGUAGGUGCUAUAAUUGGUUUUCGCACAGAGAAAGUUCUCUUCGUUGGCAUCCGUAAUAUAUAUUGUGCAAUAUGUGAUACAGCAAUGCAUAAAAAUAUAGAAAGUAAGAAACAUAAAUGUUACAAAAAUUUUGAUCGCAGUACAACCUCUACAAGCAUGGAAAGUGAUGUAAUUGUAGAAGGAUUUAAAAGUAGCAUUGAAAUGCACGGGCUCAUAUACAAAACAGUUAUUGUUGAUGGUGACAGCAAUGUGUAUCAGUCCAUUAUUGACAAUAGACCGUAUCGCGAUCAAAAUAUAACAGUGAAGAAGGUAGAAUGUACGAAUCAUCUUCUUCGUAACUUAUGCAAAAAAGUGAAAGCCGUGGGAGAGAUAACACAACCAAAGCAUCAAAGAAAGCGCGGUUUUGUACAGAUACGAAAAGUUGUGAAAAACAACAUUUUGAAAAUCCGAAAAGAAAUAAUGGAGGCAGUUGCUAUACGAAGAGAAGAAAAGCUUUCUCAACAUUGUAAAGCCAUAGAAUUGCAAAAAGAUAUUUUAAACAUUCCUAGUUAUGUGUUCGGUGAACGUAAACGCUGCGAGGAACGCGGCCGAAAAUAUAAAUUGAAUAACGAUGACAAGGAGACAAAUUAUGUACCGUUUCUAAAAAUGCAUGGUAUGUAUCAAAAAGUGGAAAAAGCUGUCACGUACAUUAGCGGUUAAUCUGACAGCUUAUUAUUAAAUUUAACAAAUAAUCCUGCAGAAUCGUUCAACUCAAUAAUCUAUAAGUUAAUAGCAGGAAAACGCCUUUUUCUUGGCUCAAGGGGAUCGUAUAAUGCUCGAGUUGCAGGAGCUGUCGUGCAACAUAAUACGCAACAAGUUCUAACGGAAAUUUAUAAAAAUAAAUGUCAAAACAUUUCUUAUAUUGUUGAGCAAAUGGAAAGGCGGCAACAAAAAAAAGUCGCUAUAACUAGGGAAUCUCGGUAGAUGCGCGAAAAGACAAAUAAAUGGAAAAGAAAAUCGGGAACAGAUCACUUUUACGGUCCGCAAUCCCACAAGCCCGAUCUUCCAGACAAUAUUUUUGAGCAACUUCAUGUAAAUCAUAUGAACAAAUUGCUCGAAAAUAGUAAGAACUGGAAGGAAUUAGAACGCGAAACUAUAGGGCAACAUAAAUCAGAGUUAUGGGAAUCUUUACGAGGAGAAAUGUUGACGGCUUCCAAUUUUGGAAUAGUAUGUCGUAUGAGACCGACGACGUCAUGUUGUUAAAAACAUUUUAUUUCCUCCGUUCACAGACACUGCAGCCAUGAAAUAUAGUCGCGAUAAAAAGGAAAUUGCAAGACAAGAAAUUGCUAAAAAGCUAAAGAAACAAAUAAAUGUUUGUGGAUUAUUUAUCGACCAAGAAAAUCCAUGCUUGGCUGCUCAUCCCGAUGGUUUAAUCGAUGAUGACGGCAUAAUCGAGAUUAAAUGUUCUUUAUCGGCGGAAAAUAUGACUGCGGAGGAAGUCAUACAGACCUUGCCUCAAAUAAAAAGUAUAUUUGACAGAAAAAAACCCCGACAUAAUGAAUUGAAAUCACCGCUUUUUUAUCAGGUGCAAGGUCAAUUGAAUAUUACACAACGAAGUUAUUGCAUUUUCGUCAUAUGGACGCCAAAAAGUAGCAAAACUAUAUGUGUUAAUAAGGACACAGAUUUUUGGAUAAAACAUGAUGCUUUUACUUACACGUUUCUAUACCAAAUGUAUGCUUCCGGAAAUUUUGGACAGUCGCCACAAUAGAUACAUGCCUAUUAGAAAUCCAAAAUAUAUAUUAGAAGCAAAGAAAGAAGCAUGCACAAAAAGAAAUCGUGUACAAGUUGUUGGAAAAGAUAUGGAAGAAGAAAACGUUUGCAAACCGGGCAAACGAUUAAAACAGGACGUUUCACAAAUGAAAAUAGUAGUAACAGAUAAUAUAGCUUUCUGUAAUAUAAAGAAUGAAGAUUGCAUUUUUAUUUGUUAUUCUAGUGAAAAAAGCGAUCUGGCUAAGGAAGAAAUGGCAAAACGGACACAGAUAUUAGAUAACAUGAAUGCCUCUCUGGAUACAGUAAGAAAGAAUGUGUUAUCAUCGAAAAAUAAAUUGAGUGAUAAUCCGCUGGACGCCUUGUUGCGUAUAAUAAGGGAAACAACGUGUAUUGAAACGCAAAGCGUAUUGUACAUAGACUUUCCUGACCUAAUUGUAGCAAGCAAAGUGAUAAAAGCUUGCAAAUUAUAGGUGGAAAUUGUACGGAUUAUUGGCGAUGUAUAUACUUCAAUGAAACCAUACUUCAUGUAUAUGAUAGCCUACCCGGCAGUACAUACGAAAAACUAGCAAAAGAAGAAAAGGAAUAUAUUCGCCAACGUUACCUAACAAUAACAAAAGAAAAGAUUAUUUUUGAAAAAGUUCAAAUACAACAGGAUAAAAUUUCUUGUGGAAUUUUUGCUGCUGCUUUUGCAACAACAUUAGCUUUAGAAGAAAAUCCGUAUGAGGAGAGAUACUUUACAGAUAUGCAAAGUUUGAAGCAGCAUUUGAUACUAACUAUUGAAACAAACCAGCUACUACCGUUUCCACAUAGAUCUAAUAAAAAAAUAAUAAAUAAAUAAAAUAUGCCGUAUAGUAAUGAAAAAUAAUUUCAAAUGAAGCAAUGGAGGUUUACAGAGCAUUUCAAUAAAGCCAUUUAUAUUGUGCAUAUUUAAAAGUGUCUAAUAAAAUUUAUCUCUAAGAGACAUCACACUUAUGUAAAAGGUGAGUCGAAUAUAUUUGUCUCUAAGUGACAUCCAACCUGUGCAAAAGGUAUGUCGAAUACAAUUUGUCUGUAAGAGAUAUCACACCUAUGUAAAAGAUGUGUCGAAUACAAUUUGUCUGUAAGAGACAUUGCAGCCAUAUAAGAGGUGUUUCGAAUACAAUUUGUCUGUAAGAGACAUCACACCUAUGUAAAAGGUGUGUCGAAUACAAUUUGUCUGUAAGAGACAUUACAGCUAUAUAAAAGAUGUGUCGAAUACAAUUUAUCUGUAAAAGACAUCACACCUAUGUAAAAGGUGUGUCGAAUACAAUUUGUCUGCAAGAGACAUCACAUCUAUGUAAAAGGUGUGUCGAAUACAAUUUGUCUGUAAGACACAUCACACCUAUGUAAAAGGUGUGUCGAAUACAAUUUGUCUGUAGAAGACAUCACACCUAUGUAAAAGGGGGUGUAUAUCAGUUGGACACGGGGCAAUUGGACACGGUCCAAUCACAAGUCGCUGUUCCAAGGGACCCUACAAAUGUCUCUAAUCACACGGUGCUGUGAUUGGCUGUGUCCAAAUGCACCAUGUCCAAGUGCACCGCUCCCUGUAAAAGGUAUGUCGAAAACAAUUUGUCUGUAAGAGACAUCACACCUAUGUAAGAAGAAUGUGGAAUACAAUUUGUCUGUAAGAGACAUCACACCUAUGUAAAAAGUAUGUCGAAUUCAAUUUGUCUGUAAAAGACAUCACACCUAUGUAAAAAGAAUGCCGAAUACAAUUUGUCUGUAAGAGACAUCACACCUAUGUUAAAAGUAUGUCGAAUUCAAUUUGUCUGUAAGAGACAUUACACCUAUGUAAAAAGUAUGUCGAAUACAAUUUGUCUGUAAGAAACAUUACAGCUAUAUAAAAGGUGUGUCGAAUACAAUUUGUCUGUAGGAGACAUCACACCUAUGUAAAAGAAAGAUUUAUUGAAUCAAAGAGAGUUUCUUUUACGUGCUUUAAGUGAUCUUAAAACUUUGUCAGAUAAUGGAAAAUCAUCAUUACACUUCAAUUGAUUCAUAUAUAGAUGAUUCAAUUGCAUAUACUGAAGAUAUGGAGUCUUCAACUGUAAAUGUCGUUAUUGAAGAAAAAGUGGGUGACAAUUAUCUUAUCGAAUUAUACAGGGAACGAAGAUGUUUGUACGAUAAAAGUCAUCGGGAUUUUAAAAAUAAACUAAUAAAAGAAAAUGUUUGGUUCAAAAUUUCUACAUGCAACAGAAAAACCUUGGACCAAUAUAGCCGCGAAAAACGCAAUAUUAAAGAUGAUUACAAAAGUGGAAGUGUUUGUUCAAAACGCAAAACAUCGGCAUUUUUUUCCCAACUUUCUUUUCUUGACAAUUUUAUUAAAAGGAGAAGAACGUUUUCCAACGUUGAAAAGAAAAAGAACAUACUUCAAAUCAUCAAAAAUUCAGAAGCAAUAAACUCAAUAACUCAUGACAAGAAAAGUAAUAACGAAUCUACUGAUGAAUCAGAUUCUGAACAGCAAGAUACCAUUAAAGUGCCUCAAAAAAGAAACAUUAGUGCAUGUCAAGAUGUAUCUCAAGAUAAGGAAAACAUUGAACAAGAUUAUAAUAGACGUAAAAAACGUAAAAUUGAUGAAUCCAAAAAUAUUGAUGAAACAUUCACGAACAUCAGCAAUGCAAUUUUGAAUCUUCUCGAGAGUUCAAAAGAAAAUACUACAGAUAAUGUAAAAACAAUUGAUCAGUCAUUCACUGAUUAUAUUCGCGUACAUUUAGAAAAUAUCCCUGAACCCGAAAAAUCAGCAAGAAAAAAAUUGAUAAUUGAUGCCCUCACUGCACCAAUACAUAAAACAUGUACCUUAUUGAAACAUCAUUGCACACGUGAAAUACUGAUAGCAAAGUUAUUGCAUCAUUUGGCUGCCACACUUGAGUAAUUAUGUAAAAAAAAUGCUGUUGGGUUCAAAUAAAGUUGGACGAUAAA